AUGGGUGAAGCAGGAGCUCACCAUUGGGCUGAGGGUAUUGUUGGAGAGUUGAUGACCAACGAUCAUGGUCGCCUGGAGGCCUUCGAUGCGACGGCUAAGAAUGCAGUUUCUGAGCUGCAUAUCUCGGCAAAGUCCGCAGAUUCGUUAGGAGAAGCUGCUAGAAGAGGGCAGACGCAAUAA